AUGGCUGACAUAGAUCGCUCCUCUGAUAAAUCGUGUGUUGAUUCUAAAGAGAAAUCCCUCCAAACUUCGAAUGUUGAAUUUUCUGAGGCUGAGGAAAUCCUUAUUGCCAUGGUGUAUAAUCUGGUUGGGGAAAGGUGGUCUUUGAUUGCUGGAAGAAUUCCAGGAAGAACUGCAGAAGAGAUAGAGAAGUACUGGACUUCAAGAUACUCGACUAGCCAAUGA